AUGACAUCUCCUCAUUCUAUAAGUCUUGAGCUCAAGGAGUAUAAUGGUGUCAUCAACCUCAUUGAAGAACUACAACAAUAUGUAGAAGAUAAUUAUAACCAAGAUGAACAGUUGAACAAGUUCUUGGAUGGCUUUGAUACAUUUAAAAUGGUAUUAGAGUCAAAGAGACAACAACAAAGAAUUAAUGCUCAACAACAAGAUGCUAUAUGUAUUGAUGAUAGUGACGAUAUAUAUGAUAAUGAUCAUUCAAACCAUAUAAUAGAUUUGGAUGGUCCAACAAAUGAAGCAUCUUCAACUACAACCACUACAACUACAACUAGUACUACAAAUACAAAUCAAAAUGGAAAUGAUAAUGGUCAUGGUACUGGAAAUGCAAAUGGCAAUGGCAAUGGAAAUACAUCACCACCAACGAAUAAUAAGCAAGAAAGAGAUAUUGUAACAAGUAAUUCAACAGAAGUUGAUGAAGAACAACUAGACUUUUUAAAGGAAUUCCCAGCAGAGGACAACGAUCGUGAUGCUGCUGGGGAUGAUAAUGAUAAUGAUUUUGGAUACCCAGAGGAUGACCAAGAGGAUUCAAAAAGAGGUGAAAAGAGAAAGCAUUCAGAAGAGAUUGAAUGUGUCAUUUGUUUGAUGGAUGUUGAAGUUAAUGAUACUCAUUGUGUAAAGAAAUGUGGUCAUUCACUUUGUAGAACUUGUAUUCAAACUUAUUGUGUUGGGAAAAUUAAAGAUAGGGAAUAUCCAAUUAAAUGUCCCUAUUUUGGAUGUAAAAUAGAUUUAACAGUAGAAGAUUUAGAAUAUCUUUUAGACGAAGAUUUAAUUACACAAUUCACAGAAUAUUCAUUUGAAAGGGCCAUCGAGGUGGAACCUGAUCAAUACUCCUUUUGUCCGACUGCUGGAUGUGGAUAUGUAUUCUUUUGGGAGCCUGGAGAUUCAACCGAUUUCCUAUGUUUGAAAUGCAACAAGCGAUAUUGUUUCAAAUGCAAGGCCGACUAUCACAUCAAUUCAACUUGUGAACAAUAUCAACAAUGGAGAAAAGAAAAUGGUCAAGCCGAUGAUUUGUUUGAUCAAUUUGUUACAAGACAAAACUUUAAAAAGUGUCCAAAAUGUGGUAGAUUUAUUGAAAAAACAAUUGGGUGUGAACAUAUAGUUUGUAGGUGUGGAGUUAGAUUUUGUUAUGCAUGUGGUGAGUUGUAUCCAUGUGUUUGUGGAAAAGAUGUUCAUGUACAACAUUUACAGCAACAACAAAUGCAACAGCAGCGGAUUCAACAAUUACAACAAUUACAACAAUUACAACAAUUACAACAACAAAUGCCACCACAACAACAAGUUAUAUUCCCACAACCAUUACAAUUCCAGCCAAAACUACCAGUUAGACAGAAACGAGAAAAGAAGAAAAAAACAGAGCCCAAGACUACAACAAAAAGGAUAACAAAAAAGGAUAAACAACAACAACAACAACUGCAACAAAUGCAACAACUUCCACAACUUCCACAACAACAACUACAACCAAUGGCCAAUAUACCUCAAUUUGUUAUUCCCAAUCCAGCAGCAGCUGCUGCUCAACCAAACCAACAACUCUUCCCACCACCGCUUUUACAACCGCAACGACCACCACCACCACCACAAAACAACUUUUAUUAUGGAGCUCAAGUACCACUUGCAAUCCAACAACAAAUUGAACAACACAUGAGACAACAAAGAGGAAUUCCUCUUGGAGGUGUCGGAGGUGCAGUUAUGACAAGAGUAUAUAUUGGUACAUAUUCACCAAAUGGUGAAGGAGUAUAUGUAUUUGAUUUCGAUGAAAAGACAGGUAGCUUGUCAAACAAAAGAGUAGCAGCAAAGGUUGUUAAUGGUGCUCAAUUGGUAGCUACAAAGGAUUCAAAGUACAUCUAUGUCGGUUCAGAGUUGGGUGAUUCACCACAAGGAGAACAUGGAUGGGUAUACUCUUACAAACAAAAUGAAAAUGAUGGUACUUUGGAACAGAUUGGUGAACCAAUUAGCACACAAGGAGCUGCUCCAUGCCAUUUGGAACUUUCAAAUGACGAGAAACACCUUUUUGUUGCAAACUAUUGGUCUGGUAACAUUGCUUCGUUUGGAUUGGACUCUGUCAGUGGAGUAUGUAACAAACUCGUCAGUUUGAACAAACACGAGGGUAUUCCAGCUGGACCUGCUCACCCAGAGACUGCACCAGAGGGAUCGUUUGCUCACAGCGGACAUGAGGGUGUUGCUCACGCUCACAUGAUCUCGUGUGAUAAAAGUGGAAACUAUGCAUACUCUGCCGACGUUGGUUUGGAUGGUAUGUUUGUGUGGAAGUACAAUCAACAAGAUGGCAAGUUUGAACAUGUCAAGACUGUCUCUUCGCAAUUUAAAGGAUCCGGUCCGAGACAUUUCAUCAUUGAUCAAAGCAACACCAAUAUGUACACUAUUCUUGAAGAAGCUUCAUUGAUCACUCAUUAUACCGUCAAUAAGGAGACUGGUGAUCUCACCGAACAAGACUCCAUCUCUACGCUCCCAACCUAUUACAAGGGUACCAAUUUUACAUCUGGUAUUGUAUUUGGUAAAGGUGAGAAAUACAUCUAUUGUGCCAACCGUCUUCACAACUCUAUCUCUGUUUUCCGUGUCUUGGAUAAUGCCAAACUCGAAUUUGUCGAGAAUCAAUGGACCCACGGAGACACUCCCAGAGCACUCACAGUCGAUCCAACCGGACACCAUCUCUAUGUACUCAAUCAAAGAAGUGAUAAUCUUGUUCACUUUACUAUCGAUCAAUCAUCUGGUAAACUCCAAUUCAACUCUUUCCACUCUAUUCCAAGUCCCUCUCAAUUAAUAUUUACAAAUUAA